AUGCUUCCAUCUCCUAAUGUUUCAGGCAGACGAACGAAUGAGGAAGGCUCGUUGAAAAAUGCGAACGACGAGUGGAGCUGUUUUGUGUCUCUUUUUCGCACUUUCUACCCCGAUCUAUCGCUCGCUUGGACUGUCUGAUCCUUAGGCUCCACCAAGGCCAAGCGGCACACUGAGGAGAGCCUAGACCCCUCUUCUCCAAGAAAUCUUGUUGUCUUUCCAACCUAUUUCGGCUCUCUGAACAUCUCCUGGGAACCACCCACCUCGACCCUCUUGCUCAGAGGCUAUGAGGUUAUUCUUCGAAAUCUCACGUACCUGGACGAGGUCCGGAAGCGAAGAUGUUCAGCUUAUGACCGUAUUGAUGAGGAAUCGGCAGUUUUUACUCGAGAAACCCACCACCGCAAGCACCACUAUGCUUUCGUUGACAUGAUUCCCGACACAUUCUAUAGCGUGGAGGUCCACGCCUUGUUGGCAAAUGGAACCCGAAGUCCGCCCACCAUUCUGCCGUCAUCCCCCCUAGUUCCGGCUUCGCCCCCCUCAGGAUCCCCUUCCGAAUAUGUGUGCCGAUGUGCCUCCCCUCCCCGAUCGAAAGCGGUGGCCACCUCUCGAGGAGGCUGCGUCGCCGAGGCUGACACCUUGUUGGCCAGGUGCGCUACCUCACUACGGCUCUUCGGCACGUACUUUGACCGUCACUAUGGCUUGCCCCCGGGUGCAAGCACGUUGAACAGCUCCGGUGCCCUGAACGAAACCCGGGAGUGUUAUGCUCACCCAAAGUGCCAGGCUCCACCCCCAGGCCGUCUGACUCAGUCCCCGCCCCCACCAGACGGUAAAGACCUAGGCGUCACGUCUUUUGUGGACUUGCGUAUCUACGUCAGCGUACUGGAUGGUCACUCGGCGGAGGUCACUUGGAGUCUUCCAGGUGAUAUCGAAUGCAAUGGCAAAAUCAUGGGCUUCAUUAUAGAACUGAAUUCCACCUAUGAAACAUCGCAGCUGAUGACCGCCGAUGCGAAGCAACAUAACCACAGUCUCACAGAACUGAUGCCGGGCACUGACUACACACUUCGAAUGUUGGCAAGCAGUCGUGGCGGCCUAGGUCAGUGGUCGCAGCCAGUGCACUUUCGAACCAAGGGCGAAGCCCAGGUAAUUGACAUGGAGGCCUUCGUUACCACUUCCGACCCGUUCCAAGGAGGCCUUGACGAUGAGAAAGAGAUCAACUACCGUGUUCCAGACAAAAUAAUUGAUUUCCAUGGACAAGGACUCAAGAACGCAAUUAAGCUCUCGUGGACAGUUAAGUGGCGACGACUACGACGGAUCACGACGUCUUUUGAACACAGUCGAGGCUGGGCCGACGACAGCGACAACGAGGCAAGUGUACUGGACAUCGCGCCCAACGUCAUGUUCCGGCUGAUUUGGCGGGCGGACGACACUGAACCAGCCGAAGAGGUGAUCAGUGGUGGCUUCAAGUCCUACACACUCAAGGGUCUCCGUGCCGGGACAACAUAUCACUUUCGGAUAAUCGCUAUCAUACCCGGUGGAGACGGACCGUCAGCAUACACUGUGGCAAGGCCAAAACAUCGUCAUCAGGAUGUUGUGGAUCCCUCAAGACGUUACCCGAUUCCGGUCAACCUGUCUGCCCACAGGAUAACCUCGACUGAAGCGACACUUCGGUGGGAUUUACCCAAUGACUACUUGGCCGAACGUAAACUUCAAAAGUCGAACCGCAGGGACAUCUGGGGUUUCCAGGUCCGCUACUAUCCAACCACAUCAUCUGACUACGUCUUUGGCGGCGACGGGUCUACCGAAUUCGAUGCGAUCAGCGUUUCACCUGUGUUAGUCAAUGUUACCGGAACCGACGCUACUAGUGUUGUGCUGAAAAACCUACAGCCCGAGACCGUGUAUGAAUUUUCCGUCCGCGCGAUGUCUCCACUCUAUGAUGCGGAGGGAGCAUCCGAUGCCUGGAGCAUGGUACAGGGUUUCGAAACCCUCGGACAGCAACCAGAGUCUCCACCUCAGAACAUCACGGUGAGCUCUGUAAUGACCAAUUACCUUGGCGACUUGUUGGACUCAACAGUAAAUCCGACCGCGAGCAUUUUGAUAACGUGGAAGGGGACAACGAGUCCACGGGGCUUCUACCACAUCUACCUCACUCCCGAUGUGUUCACAACCAACCGUCGGCAGUGGAGUCAGCACACGGUGUCGGGACAGCAAAACUCCACCGUGCUUCACAAUCUACGCACCAACCAGCCGUACUUCCUGAUCAUGAGCGCGCACAACCGCCACGGAACGAGCUCUCCGUCGCCUGUUUUCGCCUUCAAAACAGCCGGAGGCAACAUAGAACCACGGGUUUCGAACACGGCUCUGGUUGUUGUGAGAAUGACGCUAAUGCUCAUGGGCAGCGCCUCUGCCUCUAAUCAGCCGAGCACCCAAGGUCUGCUCCAGAAUGCAGCCCUGAUGGUCCGGUCGUUUGACGGUUCCGGUUUCAUAAACCUCAACCUUCCCGGUGAACACUAUGAAGUCCAUAACAUGUCUCCGGCCAAACUUCAGCGCUUGAUAGGGGAACAAGAAGCGCUGCUCAAAAUUCGGAAGACAACAGAUGUGGGCAGGGCGCUUACCUCCAUGUCCACCGAUGCUACCAAUGACGGGGGUCCAAAUUACUGGAUUAUGGUAUCUGCCGCACUCGCAGUCCUUAUAGCCAUCAUCGUGAUCAUCGCAAUUACAAUCGGACUAACUAGGCGAUGCACGCGUGGCCAACCUGAUCGCGUCAAAGACGACUUCUUCUCAGAAUCGCCCAGAGGGCGGACAGAGAAGGCAGAACUUAAUUCACCGAUGACACAGACAAGCCACGACAGCCACAGCGCCGGCUUGUCAAAAUUUGGCGAUUCUCGAUUCCUUCCCCUCGGUAAUGCCAUCGGUCUGAUUGGUGCGCCAGCCGGGUUUGAUGCCGUCAAUAACUACCCCUACACACAGCUGCCGCCGGUCAGCAAUUACGGUGGGACGCAGUUCGGCAACUGCGGCGGCCCCGGAUCGAUCCACAGCCAGCCUGCCUUGAUGCAGACGCCUGGCCGUGGCGGCUCUGAGUCUGACUGCAGAACCACGCCGAUCGAUAGUGACCUUGAGAGCGCGAAAUCGGCUAACCUCGUCACUUACCCCUAUCACGCCUACCACCAUCACCAGUUGAAUCCCCGCCAACGUGGAACUGGGUCACCGCCUGUGGGAACUACGGAUCGCCUUCUGCCUCUGGGACACGCUGGUCUUAUAGGCCCAUCUGACAUACGAGAAGUUGGCGGUGACAGCGAGCCCAGUUCCUAUCGAAAUUUCCCAACUUCUCUGUCAGGGGGUGCAGGGGUGCGUGGCUGCUCGCCCACACACCUCCCGUAUCCCAUCGCCCUGCCUCCGAAGAUGGAAAACCUCACUAACGGCGCGCUGUCGGUGUUCCAUCGGUCGCCGGAGGGGCUGGCCGCGAAGUCGCCCGGCCGUCUUCUGCCGUACCGCGAACUCGGCCGCCUCGACACCAGCGCCCUGGCCGAGCCCGAGGCCUCGCGGUCAACGGCCGGCAGCAGCGGCUACGACAGCGCCGCGCCAACCACCGGCCAGUCCUCCACCAGCGACAAGGCCCUCGGCGAGUCCUCGGUGGGAAGAGCGCGUGUCGACGCAACUCCCUUCGCACAUGAAACUGUUCCUCGGAAAUUCACAGCACCGACCAGGAGCUCGGAAGACAAGUCCGAUUUUGACUGCUCACGCUACCAGAACCACACCUCGAUAAAACUCAGUUCCAUAAACAAGGUGUCACCGAUUCCUCUCGUUUCUGCUCUCGAGGACAGAAGCCUCUCUAGGGUCUAUAGCACUGAAGAGCUGUCGCAAGAGAUGGCUAACCUCGAAGGCUUGAUGAAAAACCUGACGGCCAUCACUCAGAAGGACUUUGACUGUGCCAGCGAGCUGUAG